GUGUGUUGUUGUAAAUGUUGUUUGAUGUGUGUGAUGUAGAUCAUCUUCCUCUCAGACUGAGUGGAGGGAAGGGUUUGUGUUCGGGGAGACUGGAGGUUUAUCAUAACUCUGUGUGGGGUUCAGUCUGUGAUGAUCUGUGGGACAUCAGAGAUGCUCAGGUGGUCUGCAGGCAGCUGGGUUGUGGAGCAGCAUUGAGUGCUGAUGGGAAUGAAGCGUUUGGUGCUGGUGAAGGUGUUGUGUGGAUGAACAGAGUCGAGUGCAGAGGGACUGAGAUUCACCUGUGGGACUGUCCUCAUGUCCUGAAAAAUCACACUGACUGCUCACACAAAGAACAAGUUAGACUCAUCUGUGCAGAUUUGAAUGUGAGGUUGGUGAAUGGUGGCGGUCAUUGUUCUGGUAGAGUUGAGGUUCUUCAUGAUGGUCAGUGGGGAACAGUGUGUCAUUAUGAUUGGGAUCUGACAGAUGCUGCAGUGGUGUGUAGAGAGCUGAACUGUGGAGAGGCUGUACAGCCUACAUAUUCAACUUACUUUGGAGAAGGAUCAGGACCAAUCACAAUGGCUUAUGUGAAGUGUAAUGGAUCAGAGUCCUCACUGAAGAACUGUAGAUCAUAUGAAGAGUAUAUUCAGCACUGUUCUCACGCUCAAGAUGCUGGUGUGAUCUGCUCAGGUGAGUUCACAAGACUUGUUAAUGGACCUCAUCAGUGCUCUGGAAGAGUCGAGCUGCUUCGUGGUAACACCUGGAUGUCAGUGUGUGAUGCUGUGUUUGAUGAUCAGGAUGCAGAGGUUGUGUGUAGAGAGAUGAACUGUGGGGUUCCUGUACAGCUGCUGGGUGCAGAUACUUUUGGUAAAGGAGAGGAGCAGGUGUGGGCACAAGAGAUUCAAUGUAGAGGAAAUGAAUCCCUCAGUCGAUCAUGUUCAUCAUCUACUACAACUAAAAAAACCUGCUCUCAUGACAAAGUUGUGGGACUGAGAUGUUCUGGUUACUUUGACCACAGACUGAUGAACGGUCCUGAUAUCUGCUCUGGUCGAGUUGAAGUUCGGCACCUUAAUGAGUCGAGGACAGUUUGUGAUGCAUGCUGGGAUAUGAGAGCUGCCAAUGUUCUCUGUAGAGAGCUGAAUUGUGGGAUUGCUGUGUCUGUUGUGGGAGUGGACUGGUUUGGAGAGGGAUCUGGUAAAAUCUGGGCUGAUGUGUUUGAUUGUCAGGGGAAUGAAACAAAACUCUCAGAAUGUUCAAUCUCUUCAUGGAGUCGAGCUGAAUCCUCUCAUAAACAAGAUGUUGGAGUCAUUUGUUCUAAUUCCUCUCUGUCUCUUCAUGAUGGUCGAGUGAGGUUGUCUGGAGAGAGAGAGUGUGAGGGUGAGGUGGAAGUUUACAUUCAUCAGGUUUGGAGGAGAGUUCUGCUGGACUCCUGGAGUCUCACUGAAUCCUCUGUGGUCUGCAGACAGCUGGGCUGUGGCUCUGUGCUGAACUUCACUAACUCCUCUUCAUCCAGUGAUGAAAACAGUUAUGAGUGUGUGAUGGGCUUCCAGUGCUCUGGGACUGAAGAUCAUCUGAGGAACUGCAGCUCUCCACAAACUCUCAACUGCAGCGCAACACAACAGCUGGCAAUCACCUGCCAAAGUCAGAACUCCAUGAGGUUGGUGGGUUCUGGUGGAGAUUGUGCAGGAAGGCUGGAGGUUUUUCACAAAGGCUCAUGGGGUACAGUGUGUGAUGACUCCUGGGAUAUUAAAGAUGCUCAUGUGGUGUGCAGACAGCUGCAGUGUGGAGUGGCUCUCAGUAAUCAGCCAGUACCAGCCUGGUUUGGUCCUGGUUCUGGACCCAUAUGGCUGGAUGAUGUGAACUGUGAGGGGAAUGAGACGUCACUGUGGAGCUGCUCUUCAAGGGUCUGGGGAGAUCAUGACUGUAAACACAAGGAGGAUGUAGGAGUCGUGUGUUCAGAGUUUAAAGAGCUCAGGUUAACUGAAGGCUGUGAAGGGAAUGUGGAGGUUUUCUACAAUGGAUCCUGGGGUAAUGUUUGCUGGAAUCAGAUGAACAAAGACACAGCGAGUCUAAUCUGUCAAGAGCUGAACUGUGGAAGAUCUACCAGUGAACCCAAUAAUUCAAAUGGACUGAGGUCUCAGAAUUGGUUGGAUUUCUUUAAAUGUCGAUCACAUGACUCCACUAUAUGGCAGUGUCCAUCUUCUCCCUGGGGACAGGAUUACUGUAGUACAGAUGAAGUGGCCAACAUUAUCUGCUCUGAUAAGGUGAUUCAUGAAGUUCCUCAGAGUCGUCUGUCAUGUUCUGCAUCACCAUCUCCUCAUCAGAGACAAUGUUCAAAGGACAUACUAGAUGAUUAUGAUGAUGUCAUCAUUAUUGGACAGAGUUCUCGAGCUGUAACAGAGGAUGUUCAUGAGGAGUAUGAUGAUGUGAAAAAUCAUGCAGAUCAUCUCUACAUCUCUACAGACAGCUUAAGGCUGGCUGGUGGCAGUGAUUCUUGUGCUGGUAGACUGGAGGUUUAUUAUAAAGGAGCAUGGGGAACAGUGUGUUUUGAUUAUUGGGAUAUGACAGUCGCAUCAGUGUUGUGUAUGCAGUUGGGCUGUGACAGUAAUCCAGACACAAUACAUUAUGCUCACUUUGGACCGGGAUCAGGAAACAUUUGGAAGGUUAACAUUGAUUGUAGCGGAUCAGAAUCCACAGUACUGAAAUGCAAUAGAAUGGCAAUUUAUGAUCCUAACUGUAAUCACAAUGAAGAUAUUGGAGUUAUCUGCAGAGGACUUAAACUGGUUGGAGGUUCUCGCUGUUCUGGGAGAUUAGAGAUACCUCGAGGAAACACCUGGAUGUCAGUGUGUGAUGCUGUGUUUGAUGAUCAGGAUGCAGAGGUUGUGUGUAGAGAGAUGGGCUGUGGACCUCCUGUACAGCUGUUGGGUGCAGAUACUUUUGGUAAAGGAGAGGGGCAGGUGUGGACACAAGAGAUUCAAUGUAGAGGAGAUGAAUAUCAGUUUGAUCUUUGUCCAACAUCACCUUCAACAAUCAACUGCUCCCAUGAAAAUGAUGUUGGCAUUGUAUGUGCUGACACACUGAGAUUAGUUGGUGGUAGCGGUCAUUGUUCUGGUAGAGUUGAGGUUCUUCAUGAUGGUGAAUGGGGAACAGUGAAUCAUGAUGGUUGGGAUCUGAGAGAUGCUGCAGUGGUGUGUAGAGAGCUGGACUGUGGAGAGGCUGUAGAUGCACCGACACAUGCCCAUUUUGGAGAAGGGAAAGGGCCAAUCUGGAUUAAUAAUUUACACUGUACUGGACAAGAUUCUGACCUGAGACACUGCAGAAAAGAUAGAUGGCGGAAACAGGAUGGUAAACAUAUAAAUGAUGCUGGAGUCGUCUGCUCGGCAAUCAGGCUGGUUGGAGGUUCUCGCUGUUCUGGGAGAGUUGAGAUGCAUCGAGGAAACACAUGGAUGUCAGUGUGUGAUGCUGUGUUUGAUUAUCAGGAUGCAGAGGUUGUGUGUAGAGAGCUGAACUGUGGGGUUCCUGUACAGCUGCUGGGUGCAGAUACUUUUGGUAAAGGAGAGGAGCAGGUGUGGACACAAGAGAUUCAAUGUAGAGGAGAUGAAUCACUCAUUCGAUCAUGUUCAUAUUCUUCACGUAAAGUAACCUGCUCUCAUGACAAUGAUGUGGGACUCAUAUGUUCUGGUUUCUCUGACCUCAGACUGGUGAACGGCUCUGAUAUCUGCUCUGGUCGAGUUGAGCGUCAGUAUUUCAGUAAAUGGGGCUCAGUGUGUGAUGAGUGCAUGAAUAUGAGAGCUGCCAAUGUCCUCUGUAGAGAGCUGAAUUGUGGGAUUGCUGUGUCUGUUGUGGGAGUGGACUGGUUUGGAGAGGGAUCUGGUGAAAUCUGGGCUGAUGUGAUUGAUUGUCAGGGGAAUGAAACAAAACUCUCAGAAUGUUCAAUCUCUUCAUGGAGUCGAGCUGAAUCCUCUCAUAAACAAGAUGUUGGAGUCAUUUGUUCUAAUUCCUCUCUGUCUCUUCAUGAUGGUCGAGUGAGGUUGUCUGGAGAGAGAGAGUGUGAGGGUGAGGUGGAAGUUUACAUUCAUCAGGUUUGGAGGAGAGUUCUGCUGGACUCCUGGAGUCUCACUGAAUCCUCUGUGGUCUGCAGACAGCUGGGCUGUGGCUCUGUGCUGAACUUCACUAACUCCUCUUCAUCCAGUGAUGAACACAGUUAUGAGUGUGUGAUGGGCUUCCAGUGCUCUGGGACUGAAGAUCAUCUGAGGAACUGCAGAUCUCCACAAACUCUCAACUGCAGCGCAACACAACAGCUGACAAUCACCUGCCAAAGUCAGAAUUACAACAUCUGUCAAAGGUCCAUCAGGUUGGUUGGUUCUGGUGGAGAUUGUGCAGGAAGGCUGGAGGUUUUUCACAAAGGCUCAUGGGGUACAGUGUGUGAUGACUUCUGGGAUAUUAAAGAUGCUCAUGUGGUGUGCAGACAGCUGCAGUGUGGAGUGGCUCUCAGUAAUCAGCCAGUACCAGCCUGGUUUGGUCCUGGUUCUGGACCCAUAUGGCUGGAUGAUGUGAACUGUGAGGGGAAUGAGACGUCACUGUGGAGCUGCUCUUCACGGGUCUGGGGAGAUCAUGACUGUAAACACAAGGAGGAUGUAGGAGUUGUGUGCUCAGAGUUUAAAGAGCUCAGGUUAACUGAAGGCUGUGAAGGUAAUGUGGAGGUUUUCUACAAUGGAUCCUGGGGUAAUGUUUGCUACAAUCAGAUGAACAGAGACACAGCGAGUCUGAUCUGUCAAGAGCUGAACUGUGGAAGUUCUGCCAGUGAAUUCAGUUCUUCAGGUGCACUGAGGUCUCAGAAUUGGUUUGAUUACUUUAAAUGUCGACCACAUGACUUCACUUUAUGGCAGUGUCCAUCUUCACCCUGGGGACAGAAUCACUGUGGUCUAAAUAAGGUUGUUAAAAUUACCUGUUCAGAUCAUCUUCCUCUCAGACUGAGUGGAGGGAAGGGUUUGUGUUCGGGGAGACUGGAGGUUUAUCAUAACUCUGUGUGGGGUUCAGUCUGUGAUGAUCUGUGGGACAUCAGAGAUGCUCAGGUGGUCUGCAGGCAGCUGGGUUGUGGAGCAGCAUUGAGUGCUGAUGGGAAUGAAGCGUUUGGUGCUGGUGAAGGUGUUGUGUGGAUGAACAGAGUCGAGUGCAGAGGGACUGAGAUUCACCUGUGGGACUGUCCUCAUGUCCUGAAAAAACACACUGACUGCUCACACAAAGAACAAGUUAGACUCAUCUGUGCAGGGAGUCUCAUCUCUGAAGAACAGCAUUCUGAAGAUGCUGAUGAAACAGUGGACGUGCCAGAGAAUUAUGAUGAUGUCAUCAUUAUUAGACAGAACAUUCAAGAUAUAAAUGACUAUGAGGAUAUUAGAGUGGAGACAUACACAGAGAGACGGUCUAUUUGA